AUGCCGUUACCAAGAAAAUUUGUUAGUGACGCUCUUAGUGACGCUUUUAGUGACACCCCUGUAUAUUUUUUUCGAAGUUUAGGGACGCUCGGUUAUCUUCCUUUAUAUCUUAUGGUAUAUCUAUUGGUAUGCUAUAUAUAUGCUAUAUUUUGA